UUUUUUUCAAUCCUUUUUUUUCUUUCUUCUUUUCCCUCUUUAUUUCGAUCACUCAAUACUUCUUUACUUUUAUACUUCUUUACUUACUCAUUUAAUCAAAUUGAUUAAUUAAUUGAUUAAUUGAUCGAUCAACCCAUUGAUGAUGUCCUUCUCUACAUUUCCUCGUCACGAAUCAUUCGGACCAUCUACUUGGAGUAGGUCGGUUGUCUUGAACAAGAAACCUUCCAUAUUCGCACACGAAGAGCGUGAACCAUCACAUCUACCUGCUCCUCAACAACAACCAGCAGCCAAAAAGAAUAUCAGUAAUCCCUCGAACCAAAAACCAUUGCAUAUCAACCUCUCCCAACUCACAACCUCUCCAUCCCUCAAAUCUUCUCUCCGGUCUCACUCUGCACCAACCACACCAACCGGCUCCAAAACCGUAAAAUUCAACCCAGUCCAUCUCGAGCGCAUCUGUCUCUUCCGCAAGACCCAGACACCAAGUGCACUCUUGCAGGACAACCAAGGCCGUCGUCAUCCAGAAGACCCCCCGUCCUUCCGAGUCGGCUACCUCAACUUCCCUCCAAGAGAAACCACUGACCGGUCCAAGAACAUCCUGGUCGAAAAGAAAUUCAUAGUCGAGGAUAACGCUGUCAAGGGCCGUGUCCAGGUCCGUAAUCUGGCAUACCACAAGUCUGUCUCUAUCAGAUACACAUUCGACUGCUGGCAGACAUCCCAUGACAUCGAUGCUGUCUACAAAGAUUCUCAAAACACACAAAGCAUUUAUGACACCUUUUGCUUCACAAUCCCGCUUGUCAAUCUCGCAGAUCGUGGUCAGGUGCGCGCCACCAUAGACUUUGCAAUCCGGUACCAUGUGAACGGCCAGGAGUUCUGGGACAAUAACGACGGCAAGAACUAUGGAAUCCAGAUCCUUGCUGAUCCAAUAGAAAGCACAUACCACAGCCAGACCUAUGGCCGUGUUACUGAUGUCGAUAAUCCUGAUAACCAUAACCAUAACCAUAAAAAUGAUGAUGAUGAUGAUGUUGAUGAUGAUGAUGAUUUGAAGAUUGAUACUCCCCAGCGUCCUAACCACAAAGGACUUGGAAAUCGCUAUAGCUUUGGUCUUUCUCUCUCACAAGCCAAAAAGGUGGUUUCACCAGCAUCUGAGACCAUUCCGCCCGUACCAUCGGUUCCUAUCAAACCAUCCGUCCGUGUCACAAAGGAAGCCAAGCCGACAAUGCUAGUACAACCACGACCAAAGAAGCCAGAAAUGUCUGGUCUAACUACAUCUGCAAUCAUCAGUGGUGACAAUAACAGUAGAAACAACAACAACAUCAACAGUAAUAUUGGUCUAUCAGCUCGACCAACCAAUUCCUCCAAUUCUCCUUCCAAUUCCACAUCCCAAUCUCCAUCUCCAUCUACAUAUGCACAUAUCUCACCCGCCAAAAGUCCUGUUGUUUCUUCUCCUAUUCCUAUCAAUGGUGCUUCGGCUGUUCGACACAAUCUUUUCGAGUCUUAUUACCACUCUGCUCCUUCUAGCCCGACAUUUGCAUGCCAACCCCGCCAUGCCUACAUCCAGAGCACGCCUGACUUGGACUCAGAGUCUUAUUUGGACCUAGUAAACAAAUAUUGUUUCUAUGGCACCAAUUCAGCACACACUCCAAUGCCCAUCAACAGCUAAAAAAAAAAAAAAAAGACACAAUACACCGAAAUACCUCUCAUUUAUUAUCUUCAUUUAUUAUCUUCAUUACUAUCAUUCAUUUACCAUCCUUGUUCUUUUCUUUUCUUCCUUACUCUAGCAUCACCUCUUCCUCCCUAUCUCUCUAUACAUAUUUCCUCUUCAUUCUUGCUCUUUUAUUUUCUGUUUCACUUUACAUCUAUUUAUUUAUCUGUUUGUCUUUCUUUUUUUAUAUGAUAUAUCAAAAUGUUACUCUUUUAGACUUUUCACAACUGUGUAGUACCAACCCCAACCUUUCCUCUUUAAAUGGGCUAUGUUCUUUCUAUUUGAAGGUAACAAUGGCUUUUAAUCCCACACUACACAAGCAAAACAAAAAAGUAUAUAUAUAUAUAUAUAUAUUUUAAAUGUAUGUAUAUGUACACACACAAGCACAAACACAAAACACAAAACACAAAACACAAAAAAUAAACAAACAAACAAACAAAUAAAUAAAUAAAAUCGCACAUUUUGUUUCAACUUUUUUCUUCUUCUCUAAAAUAUUUAUAUUUAUAUAUAUAUAUAUUUAAUGUACGUGUGAUUGUAGUGUGUGUAAUAUAAAUAAAUUAUACCAAGAUAAAUUAACAAC